CGUUUACUCGGUGAAGAGAACCUCUUCAGUUGAAAGCGUCGACCGCAGUGCUGUAUUCGCAGCAAGAUGGGAAAGAAAGAUAAGAAGAAGAAGGGCCUCGGAAAGGCGAAAACUGAGGCCAAGGCGGCGAAGAAAGUUGAAAAAGCGUCGAGGAAAGCUCGGGCCGCUGAUGGUGACGACGUCGAAGCAAUAUUAGCUGAAAUCCUCGCAAGAGAGGCAGAGGCCGUCGCUGUUGCAGAACACCAAGAUGUCGAGCCUCCUUCUCCGCGUGCAGCAUUUACUAUAAUUCCCAGUUCUGUCAACGAAGAUGAACUGAUACAGUUUGGCGGGGAGCGUUACACGGGUGAUAGGGCGGCCUUUUUCAACGACUUGUAUGUCUUCAACGUCGAGAAGAAAACAUGGGCCAGAUACGACUCACCUACUCGCCCUCCUCCUAGAAGCUCCCACGCCGCAGCGCUCCACAGAAGCAUGAUGUAUAUAUUCGGUGGAGAGUUCAGCAACCCGAGUCUCAGCCAGUACCGGCACUACCGCGACCUGUGGCGUCUAGAUCUUACCGACAUGAGCUGGGAGCGAAUUGAUAUACGCGGCGGCCCAACAGCCCGUUCUGGAUGCCGCAUGUGUAUUGUAGAAAACAAACUCGUCGUUUUCGGAGGCUUUUUCGAUACUGGCUUUGAAAACAAGUAUCUCAACGAUAUGUAUUACGUCGAUCUCUCAUUGGAUGAACUCAAAUGGACAAAAGUCGAAGUUUCGGCUGUUGACAUUGUACCUUCCCCUCGGUCAGGCUUCCAGUGGGUUGUUAGCGGUUCAGAAGCCGUCCUCUAUGGAGGUUAUUGCAAAGAAGCUGCUCAAAAGGCAAGAAAUGUCUCACACAAAGGAAAGAAAAAGGGAGACUGCUACAAAUUAUCCGGGGAAACACUCAAGUGGCAGAAAAUGAAGCGGACUGGCUACGGGCCGUCGCAGAGGGCAGGGUUUUCAAUGGUUCUUCACAAGCGUAACGCCGUUUUGUUCGGUGGUGUCGAAGACGACGAAACCGAGGAGGAGAUGCAAUCAAUCUUUUUCAAUGAUAUGUUCGCCUUGAAUUUAGAUCGCAAGAAGUGGUUCCCGAUGACCCUCCGCAAGAAGAAGGGGAAGAAAGCCAAGAGGCGCCGAAGGAAGACGAGCCAAGCGAGUCAAUCUGAUGGAGACCAGAUGGAUAUUGUGGAACCUGUCCAAGUACUAGUCGAAAGCGCGCCAGUAGACGAAGAUGAUGACGACGAUGACGACGACGAGAAAGAACUCGACACUGACGCGCUCGAGGCAGCUUUGAAGGCAAAGGAGGAGGAGGCUGUUCCCUGUGGACGAUUUAACUCAGCCGUGGCCGUUCAAAAGAAUGUAAUGUACAUUGUAGGUGGCAUGGUGGAACGGGGAGAUCAAGAGAUAACCCUUGAUGAUAUCUGGUCAGUCGACCUCAAUAAGCUGGACGAAUUUAAAGAGCUAAAGGGGUUGGGUGAAGAGUGUGCGGCAUGGGUAGCUUCUGACGACGAAGAGGAGGACGAAGAUGCGGGUGAGGAUGAAGAUGAGGUCAUGAGCGACAGCGCGGGUGAUGAUGGCGAAGAUGAUGAGGACGUUGAAGAGAGAAAACGGCAGCGCGGAGGGCGGCGCAAUCGCUUGCGGGAACGAGUAUCUGAGGACGACCACUUCACACCGAAAAUCAAUGAGUCACUAAAAGACUUCUUCGAAAGAACACGCCCAUACUGGAUAGGUGAAGUACACGAAGCGUUGGGCGAGUCUGGGAAGACGCUUCGUCGAAUCUCAUUCGAAUGGGCGUACAAGAGAUACUGGGAGAUCAAGCCUUCUUUGAAGGAACUUGAAGAGUUAGAAGCUGAGCUGGCCAGAGAAGAAGAAAUGGAAAAGGCCUUUGCGAAAGCCCAAAUUGAUCAGAAACGUGGUCGGAAGCCCCUUGACGAGUUUAAUUGGAAUUCAAAAGCGUCUUAUGAGCUCUCCUGGCCUCGCCAUGCUUCAGUGAUCGAGCCACGGCCCAGUAUGGGCUCUAGCGAUCCUGCUCUGCGCGAGAGGUAUCGUAAUAUUCUCAGCGCUAACUGCACAGCUGACUGCGAUUCGCUUCGCCGCCUUGUACUGCUCGAUGGCUUACCAAGCGACGCCAAUGUCAUUCACACCGAUUUUUUCGGUCGAUGCUCUCUUCGAGGCCUCGUAUGGAAAGCUCUUCUUGGGAUUGGCACCGUGGAUGCAAACGAGUACGCCUCACUUGUGCGCGAGGGGCCAUCGUCGGAGGACUCUCGUGUUCGUGAGGAUGCCCGCCGCACCUUCUCGAAGAACGAUGACUUCAUCGCACGAGUACCAAAGGACAAAAUCAUUCGUCUCCUGAACGCUUACGUCCGCGCUUGUGGGAACAAACGUGGUGUCUACGCUCAGAGCAUGAGUCUUCUGGCAGCUCCGUUCCUAUACGUCAUGCCAGAACCUGAUGCGUUCCAUUGCUUCCGAGUCUUACUGCAGGAGAAGGUGCCCUCGUACGUCAAAAGGUAUUCAGGUGCGAGGCAUGGAUGUGAACUCCUCGACAGGUGUCUCCUAGACACUGACCCCUCCUUGCAUCAGCUCUUCUCCCGUCACGGACUCAACGCCGAGGUUUACGCAUUUCCAAGCAUCUCAUCACUUGGCGCAUGCGUACAGCCUAUGUCAGAUACUGUGCGUCUCUGGGAUAUACAACUCGCGUUUGGAGUCCACGUGCACAUUCUAUUCACUCUUGCUAGACUACUGCUCUCAAGCGGCACCAUACUGGAAACCGCCAAGAAGACAUCAGCUGCUCCACUCGUGACAAGACAGCUCGAGCAAGGACUAGGUUUAGAUGCUGAGACAGUCCUUGCAAAGGCAGUGCCAUUGGCAAGUCAACUGAAUCCUGAUUUAUACAGCGAGCUUGUCUCACACGUAACAUACGUACCGAGUGACUCUACUGCCACAUCCGAAAUUACCGCCGAUUGGCAACAAGUUGUCGGGCACUCGUCCGAAUCUGGAGGGACCCAACGCCUCAAUGGACCCAAAAAUAAUACAUGGGAGGCAUCAAGAAGGCUGGAUCACAACAAUUCCAAACCGAAGGUACCCACGGAUAGAAAGUCCUCAGACGACGACGAAAGCUCAACAAACUCAGCUGAGCGAGGAUGA